AAACCCCACAUCCCAAAACAGCAAAAACAACGUCGUUUUAAAGAAUGAGUAAAUCAGGAAGCUCCAGCGGAAACAUCAGCCAGGGAAGCUCCGGUAUUGGUGUGCCGAUACACUCUCCUCCACAUAUCCCGAGGAACCGUUUCCAGAAAAGCGGCAACCAGGCGGUGUACGAGUUGAAAGAGACGAAAGAUAGCGUGAUCUACAGGGUUGACUUGCCUGGCUGUCCCGCCUCUGACCUCGUCUACUGGAUCGAUGGCAACAACAUCCAUUUCUUCGCCGACGAACCAGCGAUGUCCGAGUACGACCACGACGGUCGCAAAUACGGAGGAACCAUGGUCUUCAACCCAGUGGCGUACAACGUCAGCGAAGCGAAGGCCAAGCUCAGCGAUGGUGUGCUGUGGAUCACCGUACCUAAGGUCCCCGGGGUAAACAUCAAGCUCACCGUCAUCGAGAAGAUGCUCAACUGCAGGAUCACAAGAGACGACGUGGUUGGAUGAUGGAGAGAGUCCGUACGUAUUUUUGUCGUUAUCCCUCUAUGGUGGUGUGGUGUCUCUAUCGUAUCUCUCUUGCGUGGUCUACUGUCUAGGGUUUGUUUGGUCUUUCUUUGUCUAGUUUUUAAUAAAAAGGGUGAACUUUUGUUGAAUCUGGUUUGUGGUUUAUGUCUAUGG